AUGUCUUUUUCCAUCAAGUUGUGCAUAUUUAAAUCCAUUUGUCUAGUAAAGAUGCCUGCAACGAAUCCAGCUUCUCCACCACCAUCACCACUGCCACAGUCACCACUACGACCUUGUGGAAAUCUAGUUGAAGCCGAAGAAAGAGCAGCAUACCUCAGCAUUUGCGUUCCUCUCUAUAAUGCAUCAAUAAGAGGUGAUUGGGAAGCUGCACAAGUCAUCCUUGCCGAACACCACUCUCUAGACCUGGUGGGCUAUCCCAUCACAGAAAAUAAUGAAACUGCACUUCAUAUUGCUGCAUCGGCAAAAACCAGCAAAAAGAUGGAAACGUUUGUGCGAAAUCUAGUGAAUAAGAUGACAAGCGAACAGUUAGAACUUAGAAAUAAUGAUUCCAACACAGCACUAUGUUUAGCUGCAGCAGCCGGAAAUAUCAAAAUUGCCAUGAUUAUGUUGAUAAAAAAUCCAAAACUGGUGAAUAUUCCUGGCGCUGAACAAAUGAUGCCACUCUACUGGGCAUCAUUAUUUGGAAAAAAAGAGAUGAUUCGUUAUCUCUACGAUAAAUCUACGCACAUGACGGGAGAUGAUUGGGCCAAAGAAUCCAGACGCAAUUGGGUUCUUCAGAAAUGCGUUGAAGCUAAUCUCUUUGAUGUCGCUUUCAAAAUAGUGACUGAAUGGCCAAAUAUCGCUGUCGAUUCGCGUGUACUUGGAUCAUUGGCUCGAAAAAAGGAUGCAUUCAAAGUAUCAAAACCAUGUUUUAUCUGGAGAAUCAUACGUCGAUUUUUCCCAGCCAUUUAUGUCAAGGUCGGGCCUGCAGAAAAUCCAAGGGAUGCUGUUAAACUACUAAGAUUAAUUUGGACACGUAUUCUAAUAACAUAUUCAAAGGAUGCCGUUAGUAAAAUUAUCAGUGGGCCAUCUGAUCAGAUGCCACUCGCCUCUAAGAAGGAACAUGUGGAGGGAAUUAUACUUCAAACUAUUUCAAAAAAUGUUGAGAAGAUACAUGAUAGUCUUCAUAGCCAUUGGAAUGGGACUUCUGCUGUAACACAACCACAAGGUGGGACACAAAUACAAGAUCUUAUAUGGAAGAAAAAUCAUUACAAGCAAACAAUAUUUCAUGUUGCUGUCUCAUAUCGUCAUGAGGAUAUAUUUAAUCUUCUUCAAGAGAUCGGCUCAAUGAAGGACAUGAUAACAUCAAUUAAGGACGUUGAUCGAAAUAAUAUGUUGCAUUUAGCUGGAAAGAUAGCAAACGAAAACAGACUUCAAGUGGUUUCAGGGGUUGCUUUGCAAAUGCAACGAGAAUUGUUAUGGUUUAAGGAAGUAAAAGAUAUGGUUCCCUCGAAUUAUCUAGAAGAGAAGAACAAUGAUAAUUUAACACCACAUGAAUUGUUUAGCAAAGAGCACAAAGAUUUAAUGUCUGCCGGUGAAAAAUGGAUCAAAGGCACUGCUAACCAAAGCAUGGUGGUGGCAACCCUCAUAACUACCAUUGCUUUCGCAGCAGCUUUUACAGUUCCUGGAGGGUACAAUCAAAACAAUGGUGUUCCUAUGUUCCUUCAUAACCCCGCUUUCAUAGUAUUUGUCAUAUCAGACGCCAUUUCUUUGACAAGCUCUUCGAUUUCAAUUCUCAUAUUUUUAUCUAUCCUCACAUCUCGUUAUGCUGAAGAGGAUUUCUUGGAAUCGUUACCUAAGAGGCUAUUGUUUGGCCUAGCAACACUCUUCUUAUCUAUAGCCUCCAUGAUGGUCGCUUUUAGUGAGAGUUUCUUUGUCCUCUAUCGAAACAACUUGAUUUGGGUACCAAUUGUUAUUAGCGUAAUUGCUUCGAUGCCAGUCCUUUUUUAUGUUAGACUUCAAUAUAAGCUUCUGAAGGAUGUUUAUCACUCAACGAAUGGUUCCAAGAAUCUCUUCAAGCAAAAAGAGUUUAUGAUUUACUAUCAAAAUCCAAAGCUUUAAUUAUUUGUCAUUUACCCGUGACCUUCAUUUCAACAUGUGAUUUUUAUGGCACUG